AUGGUUUCUUCUCAAGCCCCGCUUGCCUCUUGGGAGACCUUUGCACCCUCUUGGGACAAAGGAAUGGGUGAUGAGGGUAACGAUUAUUUCCGUUUCUUGGAGCUUCCUAUACUCGAAAAGCUCGUGGACAAAUCUCAGGGAUCCCGCGCGCUAGAUCUUGCAACAGGGAAUGGUCUUGUAGCACGCUGGUUAGCUGAGAAGUCCGAUUAUGUCAUUGCAACCGACGGCGCUGUCGCUAUGAUCGAAUAUGCCAAGGCGCGAACAGAGACCACUCAGCAUGCGGACAAGAUAUCAUUCCAUCACCUUGAUGUCACGAGCGAGUUGUCUUGGAAUGCCUUCAUGGCGAUGGAGCCAUACUACACUGAUAACGGGUUCGAUGUCAUCACUAUGAACAUGGCUCUUAUGGAUAUCGAAGAUCUAUAUCCGUUGGCGAGGUCAUUGAAACUCUUACUAAAGCAAACAGGCUGUUUCGUCGCUACAAUGCUUCACCCACUGUUCUUCACAUCUGGAGCAGCUCGCCAGAUAUCGAUACGCGAGGAUCCGAAUACCGGUCAGCGUAUCGUCGAUCGCUCUCUAGUAAUGAGCAAAUAUUCAAGCGCUUCCUCUGCUAGGCAAUUGGUACUGGAGGGAGAAACCGGAUCACCAUACAUGUUCUACCGACCUCUAUGCCAGCUUUUUGCGCCCUUCUUCAAGGCGGGCCUCGCAGUGGAUGCAAUUGAGGAGACCAACUUUGACGAGAGCUUCCACGAUCCCACCCGUGAACACUCCUCUAAGAACUUUACCGAGUUUCCUAAGAUCCUGGGGUUUAGAAUGAGGCCUCUCCCCGAGUUGAGAUAA